AUGGCGCGGACCGCACUUGAUGACAUCCGGCUGUGUGCGUGUCUCAGAGUCACACUUUUUCUCUGUCUCAAUCUAUAUGCCGGCUCAACCUUCGCGCAAAGUGACGACGGAGGUGCCGCCACCGGCGUCGAGCCAGGAGACAUUGGAUCGGACCCUGACUCGCAGAGCUCGACCGACGCGGGAGCCGCGGGACCUGAUACGGGCGCGGUGAACCUCAGCCGAGGAGCGACAAUUGCGAUCGCAGUUGUGGUCAGUGUUGUGGUUGUUUUGGGCACCACGCUUACAGUCCUGUAUUUCCUGGCCAAGAAGAGACAGUGGAAAGUCAAGGAGGGACUACGUCGGUCGGCACGCAGAGUCGGCAGCGCCGUCAAGGCCGUCACUACACCGCUGACACCCAAGAGGAUGAAUUUUCCUCGAUCGUCUACUGCUACGAGGAAGGGAAGAUAUCUUGGAAACAAUACUGGCGGUUUGUUGCACAAGAACGGCACUCAUGCUCUGGCGGAGGAUGGUCACGGGGCGAGAAGUCAUACAGGCCGUUCGGGUGGAGGGAUGCAUGAUGUUGAAAAGGGCUUGCCUGUCUCGGCCGUUCGGGUGGAGAGCGAGACGGAGAGCGUCAAUAGCGAGACACGGACUCAGACCCAGCAUCAGGGCGAGAGAAAAGAUGGCUCGAGACCUCGGCCGUCGAAAGUUGAGAUUCCGUCCUCGUCGUUUGAGAUGGAUUCUAUCCCGAAGACACCGGUAUGGAAGAAGGUGUUUGGAAGAUAG